AUGGAUGAUCCGGCUUUUCAGGUUAUUGUUCUGGGUCCAACUGGAGGUCCAAAAGAGGACGCUGUCACAGGACUUUUGGUCCGGUCAACUUCGACAAGUUGGUCCAAAAGCUCAGUCGUUGCAGUAGAUGCAGGAACUCUUCUGGCUGGCAUUGUUCGGAUUCUAGACCAAACCCUCACCACCGAUGAAGAGGGUAGAGCAGCCGUGAACGAUGGGCCGUUCGUAGGAUUGCAACCUCCUCAUAAGUCGUCACACGCAAAUGCUGCUUACAUCUUUCGCGAGGUGAUUGCCUCGGUGCUGAUCACGCAUCCGCAUCUAGAUCAUCUCUCUGGAUUGGCUAUAAACACCCCAAUUGUUGAGGCAAGUAACGGUCCAAAGACAGUCGCAGGUCUUCCAUCUGCAAUUUCUGCAAUGAAACAUCACAUGUUUAAUGAUAUAAUUUGGCCGAAUUUGUCUGAUGAAGAUGGUGGUGCUGGCUUGAUCACUUACCAGAGACUUGUUGAAGGUGGGAACCCACGUUUUGGACGGGGAGAGAGCCGGGGUUAUGUGCGCGCAUGCGAGGGUCUUGUUACUAAAUGUCUCAGUGUGAGCCAUGGUCGGUGUAAGCAGCGGUAUGAUGCAGAGUCUGGAAGACAUCACCGGAUAGGCAGUGCUGUAUUCGCUCCCGAUCAGAUGGUAAUGUCUACUGCUCGAAAGUUGUCAAUUGAUCAAUCUGAUGGAGCCAUGUAUUCGCCAGCGCGUUCCCCACACUUCGCUCCAGGUCUGGGAGCUACCCCCUCCAAAGACACCACCAACUGGGGCGUCGUAGAAAGCUCGGCAUUCUUUAUCCGAGACGACAAAACCGGCAAGGAAAUCAUCAUCUUUGGCGACAUUGAGCCAGACUCGGUAUCUUUGGAACCUCGCAACAAGCGAGUAUGGGAAAUUGCCGCUCCGAAAAUAGUAACUGGUUCACUACGGGCAAUCUUCAUCGAGUGCUCAUACAACGAUGCUAUCGACGACGAGACUCUUUACGGCCAUUUAUGCCCUCGACACUUAAUUGCAGAGUUGAAAGUCCUCGCAAGUAAAGUCGAAGAAGCGAGACCCGAUCAAUCCCAACAAGAGGGUCAAAGACGAAGAGGUAGAUCGAGUAAACGCAAAAGGAAAGAUUCCGACACUGCAGAUUAUGCGCGCGAACAGCCAGUGAGUCCCCACUCAACACACCAAGUUACGACCCAUCUCGCAAAACCGAGAGAUACUGGUGACGUGAAUGAUAAAUCGCCCAUGUCAGGCGGUCGAACAAGUGUAUCAACACAAACACCCGAUGGAGGUAAAAAUGAUUAUUUUGGCAAUGAUAUCGACGAUGCCCCAAUAACAGACCGAUCACAAUCGCGACGGUCAAAUGCUCAGAAACAUCCCACCAUUGGCAUUGACGGAGAACCAGAAGAUGAACUCGAGCGCGACGGGGGCUUCUCAAGGCCUAGCGUGCAAUGGACAGACUCAGAAACUGGACCACCGCCUUUAGUAGGUUUCAAAGUUUUCAUUAUUCACAUCAAAGAUACCCUAACCGAUGGCCCGCAUCCGAGUGAGCGAAUACUAGAGGAGUUGCGCACACAAAGUGAUGAGGCUGGGUUAGGUUGUGAGUUUCAUGUACCAUUUCAAGGGGAGGGUAUUUUCAUUUAA